GGAGCACGCUUAGCCCUGCGCAUCCAGACAGUGGGCGCGUGUGGUGUGAGGGGUGGGAGGAGUGGUCUCUGUUGCCCAUGCCUGGCCCGCUGCCCCGCCCGGGAGCGGGUAAGUGGGGCCGCUCCCCGCGAGACGGGGUUGGUGGGGGGUCUACUGAGCGCGUUCUCCUCUAACUCCUCCAGCCCCACUGCCGUGGCCGUGACACUCACAGCACCUUGCAGCCGGGCUCAGUCUAGAGGCUAUGGCGCCUGCGCUCUCAACCGGUUCGAGCGCCGCAGCGGUGUGGUGAUGGUGUUAACGCGCUCAGCCGCGUGUCUGGGCGGCACCAGUGGCUGCUCUUGUUUGGAAAGCAGCUAAAUCCACUGCUUUUGGGGCAGAGCCUGCUUUGCCUUCUGUCUAUGGGGCACUCACCACUGCAGGAGCCACUGCAAUACGAACGGGGAUUCAUACAUUUUUCCUAUAACUUAAAAGAAAAUGAGUGCAUCUAGUGUUGCAGGAAAAGUGGAAACCUGGCUUUCUUCUACGUGGCAUGUUAAAGUUCCUCUGACAUGGCUAGAAGCUUGUAUUAACUGGAUCCAACAAGAAAAUGGUUGUAAUUUAACUCAAGCUCAAAUUAACAAACAGGUAUUUGAGCAGUGGCUUCUUACAGAUCUGAGAGAUUUGGACUAUCCUGUUUUGCCUAAUUGCAUCUUAGAUGGUCCAAAAGGAGAACUGAAUGGCUUUUAUUCCAUACAGAUUGAUUCACUGGUGGACGUUAGCCAGCCUGCGUAUUCCCAGUUGCAAAAGAUAAGAGGGAAAAAUACUGUAAAUGAAGAAGUAACAGCCAACACUCAGGCACCCCAAAAGUCCUGGGAAGCAAAGCCUACUCGAAUGCUCAUGCUGCAGUUAACUGAUGGAAUACAUCAUAUUCAGGGUAUGGAAUACCAACCCAUUCCUGUCCUCCAUAGUAAUCUUCCUCCAGGUACAAAAAUUACAAUACAGGGUAACAUUGCAUAUCGUCUUGGAGUUCUUUUGCUAAAAUCAGAAAAUGUGAAAUUGUUGGGAGGCGAAGUAGAUGCUCUUCUAGAGGAGUAUGCUCAGGAAAGAGUCCUUGCCAGGUUAAUUGGAGAAGCUGAGAACCCUAAUCCUGUCAAGCAGCGUGAUCAUGAACAAGGAAUUUUAGGAGCCGUUGAUGAACUAGGACAAACUCUAGGACCUUCAGAUGAAGAGCUUCUAGCAAGUCUUGAUGAAAAUGACGAAUUUACCAUAAAUCAUGCAAUUCCUUUAGAAAGUGGAUAUUGUAGCGGAAGUAACAACUCAAAGACAGCCACACAUUUGCUCCUUUCAAGCAAUGAAAACUACUCACAACAGGGAUUUGGGAUCCUCUUGCCUGGGCCAAAUGAAGAACAAAGUGUUCCAACUGUGGAGUAUGUUGAUGGAGAGUUAGAUGACCUCUCAUUGGAAGAUGACUUGUUUUUAGAACAGGAGAUCCAAGAUGAAAUUCAGACAGUGCAGUCACCGGUCAUAAACAAUACCAUAGAUAUAAUUACACAAAGAUUUUCACAUAUGCCUAGAUCUUCACUAAGUUAUACGUCUGAAAAAGAUGGCAGAGGUCAAUUGGAUUCAGUUAUCAAAGAAAAAUCCUGUGGGAGAGAACUGUCUGUUGGUGAUGAAAGUAGUACAAGUAAUUUUUCACUACACGAUAAUGUACAACACUCCCAGAGCUUUACCAAUGAUUUCUCCUUGGAAAAUGUUCUUGAACAGAAGUGUAAUAAAAUAGAUAUAGUUAAGAGCAGUCAAAAAAACUGUAGUUUUUCUGGCAGCAGAUUGUUAAACAAAAGACCAAUUAAAAAACCUGAUUCGGAGAUAAACAAACAAAAUUGUGUACAAACCUUUUCUUACAGAACAACAGAGAAAUGCAAGUGUCUUGAGUUAGAUUCCCCACCUUUUACAUAUAUUUCUGUUCUACUCGCAGAUACGCCAGAAACUGUUACAACAGUGAAAGUUAAAGCUUUUAUUGUAACCCUUACUGGAAAGCUCACAAGCAGCAGUGGCUUCUGGAGUAUAAUGGCAAAAAUCUCUGAUGGUACUGCUUAUCUAGAGGUAGACAUUGCUGAUGAAAUUCUAACAAGCUUAAUUGGAUUUUCAGUGCCUGAAAUGAAACAAUUAAAGAAAGAUCCCAUUCUACAUCAAAAGCUUAAGGAUGGUUUACAGAAAUGCCAAAGAGAACUGAUAGAUCUUUGUUGUUUGAUGACUAUUGAAUUUAAUCCCUUUCAGUCUAAAGCAACAGUACUAAUUUUACAAGAUGUUGAUGUAGUAGAUCUAGAAAACUUGAAGAAACGUUUAGAUAAAUAGUUGGAGGAAAAAUCUAUAAAAAGUAGUCUAAUGAAAGAUGUAAUUCAAGGCAUAGCAAAUAAGUGUUGAGAACUCCAUUAAGAAGUACAGUGGUUUGUGUUUGUUUUUAUUAGCGUCAGGGAGGGACGGUGGGGGAAGGGAAUAGCCAUUCUUUAAGGGGAAAAUAUUUGAAUAAAAAUGACAAAUAAACUUGUUUUGAUAAAAUGUUCAUGUAUCUAAUUAUUUUUACAAAAGCCACCUUGCUCCUAAUUGGGGAUGAGGAAUACCAGUUUUCUAUCUGAAAGUUUAUCGAGUGCUGAUCAGCUGAUCCUUACAUUUUUUUCAGUGGCGUUACCAUUAGAACUAGGGUCACUGCUAAGAAGUUUUAUACAAGGGAGUACUAUCCAGUCCUGGAAGUAAAUCUAAUCAAAUUAUUUGCUUUCAUCACAAGGCACUGAACCUUUGUAAGAUACAGAUACAGAAUACCUAUAUUAUGACAUACUAUCAGGACAAAACUCAGAGGAGUUGUAACUCAAAUUCGUAUGUAGUGCAUGAAAACCUGAAAGUGAAUAGAAAUGGUUUAUGAUCAAAAGUAAAACAGACUAUUUUAUUCUUAUUGUCCAGUAUGAGAAACAAAGACUAACUGGAAUAAAUAACUUUACACUUCUGAAAAUCUGUGUUUUUAAAAAUUAUUUCAUUUAACAGAGGGUGGUGUCUAUCAUAUAAGUAAGAUUUGUUUAUUUUAACCUGACAAUGCCACUGAUCAAUCUAGUAGUACAAGAUUGAACCUCAUUAACAUAAAUUUCUUCUCUCCAAAUUAGUUAUUUACCUUAACAAUUGCUUUUCUAGUCUUUGUGCUAUUUAGUCAAAUGUUUUUCAUGUUCCUGAAAUGUUUCCUGUCCCUAUGGUUAUUAUAUUUAUUAAAAUCUCACUUUGUACUGUCUUAAGACUCACAGAAAGGUCCAGUUUGGAAAUUCUGAUAUUGUGAAUGGAUCCAGAGACGAACAUUUUUAAUAUUACUGGAUCAUACAUAAAAAUUAAAAUAUCAGAUGACUAAGUGUGAUUUUUUUUUUGUGAGAAGUUUUAAAGGUGACCUUUAAAAAAAAAUGGGUGUGUGCCUUUUUUUGGAUCCUUUGAUAUGCGCAGAAGGUCUGAAAGCAUUUUUUUGUUUGUUUUUUCCCUUGCACCUUUUUUAUAGUAGAAAUUUGAAUCUACUGUAAAAAAAGGUGAUAAUACUUUUUCUUCCACCUUUAUAUCGUCUAUUUAGGUUGCAAAUUCUUUAGAAGAAGGACUGUCUCUUUAUAUGUUUUUACACUGUAAUACAAACUACAAUAUAUAAUGGUCUUAAACCAUUACAGUGUAAAAACAUACACCAAUCACACUAUAAUACAAACAACAACAAUGGUUUAACUCUUUUGACACCAAUGUAGUUACUGCUGAUGAGAGUAGAAUCAGACCUGUUGCCUUUAUUGGGGAGUACUGCUUAAAACUCAGUAUCGAAAUAUUACCCUUUCUUUUCUGGAAAAUUAACACAAAGGCUGAUUUUUGCACUCAGUCAGACAAAAUCUCCCUUGACUGUGUGUGUGAAAAGUGAACUGAUAAUUAUUUCUAUAUUGAGGAGGAAAUGCUUUCUUUGGCAACAUUGAGAAUAAGCACAGAACAAGUGUGGUGAAAAUUGCAUUAAAUUGCAUUGUGGGGAAAAUGGUAUUAAAUAUGGCAGAUGAAUAACUGAUUUUAGUUGGCAGCACCAGCAUUCACAACACAUUUCUAAAUUGUAUAAUAGAUUUUAAAAGAUGAAUGUGAAAAUAUGUAUAUGUGCAAAAGAUCGCUGGUAGAAAGAGAGCCUGAUUUAUGAUAAUGAAAUGGUAAUAUUCUAUACUACUAACAACAUUUAAGUAAAUAAAUG